AUGCCACCGCCCAAAUUGGCCAAACAAGAAAAGAAAAAGGAAAUCACUUUAAUUCGACUUCCGAUCAGUGACGCUAGUCUAGUUUUCGUUCCUAGUAAUGCAAUUGAAGGCUUUCAAGAGCGUAUAGAAACUGGAGUAGAAUGGGUUCUCACAGAACAAGCCUUGCGCCAUCAUAAAGCUCUAGGUGGUAGAGAGCAUAUUCCAAAAGUUUCUUUCUCAAAAGCACUAAAAAAUAAAAUAGAAAAUAGCAUAAUAGGCGAAUUUCUAGACAAUAAAUCAUCUCUCACACUUCGGCAACAUUGGGAAGUAACAUUACCUAUGACCAUUUUUGAUAUACAUAAAUGUGCUAACGAAGAAGGAAAAAUAUGCUACAACAGCGACAACUGUAUAACAGAUAAUCCGAAAGAUUUAAUCAAGAAUGCUGUGAUAGCAAAUAGUAGAAAAGUUUUGAAACAAGACUUUAAAAAAAUCCUCGUUUUGAGAGUAAUUGAUGCCAAGAUAACACACUUAGAUAACAGUAUUGCAAAAUUUCCUUUCCUGGUGACUCUAAACCUCUGCGGAAACUACAUCGAUGCAUUGGAUACUUUUUUUUUACCAAGAAAUUUGAGAAUCCUUGAGCUUCAAGCAAAUCGCAUCAGCAACUUGGAAAGUUUCUAUAAUUUACCUGAAAACUUGUUAUAUUUGGGAUUGGCAAAAAAUUUAUUGGCAAAUGCCAGCGGUCUGGAUAUAUUAUCACGAUUGUCUCCCCAUAUCUCGGCAAUAGAUUUGUCCGACAACGACAUCUAUGAUUUGGAGGCAGUAAUAGAGCCACUAACUAAACUUCAAACGCUCCAAUCUCUUGUUCUUGCAGGGAACCCUUGCGCGAUGUGUUUGGGAUAUGCUCGCUUUAUUAUCACAAAAAUGCCCGGCUUAAAGUAUUUAGACAACCGUGAAAUAAUGCUGACUAACCGCCCCGAGGAACCAUACGAACCUCACCCCGACGACCUGCGCUCUACAUAUUUCUUAUUCACUGUCAUACGAAUCAUAAGUGCACCACUUCCUCCAAAAGUAGAUAAGGGUGUCAUUGCCACAUUCCACGUGGAACUAGAACUACCAUUACUGGACUCUCAACGAAGAAUGUUCCUGAUGUUCCGAAGAAACGGAUCCCUAACAGAGUUAAUGCCUGCUCCUGAAGAUGACAAUACCAGUGAUCACGAUGACAAAAAUAUAAUAGAAAACGAGUCAGCCAGUGAUGAAACGACGGGAGAUAUAUUUGCUCGUCUGGAGGCAAAGAACUCCCGUGAGAUCCAUCACUACACCACGUACGAGAGUAACAAAAUACCAUGGAACAAAAUAAUGAACUUCCAGGAACCAACUGUUAAGAUUUUCUGCCCAGACCUCACCGCCGUGAGAAAUACCUUCAGAUCUGUUAUCACCGUCAGAUUUAUUUACUCGCUGCAGACACCGUCAGUGAAAUUAGACAAGAAGCUGGAUAAGAAGGACAAAACGUCGACGAUAAAAUCGCGGCCAAAAGAGAUGCGAGCUACCAUUGCUAGCAUCAAGUGUGCCUUGCGGCCAUGCGACUGGAGUCAACCCGCGCAACACUUUCAUUGGGAUGACACUCUUAAUACCAAUGAAGCUGUACACUGGGGCGAUGGAGAUCUUUCUGCAGUUCAAUAUUACGCUCAAGGUGUGACUAAUAAACCACAAAAAGGAAAACCUGAAUCAGAUGUGACUUCAAAACAAGUCGCUCCUGAAAACUUAACUUGCCAUUUUAGUUUCGGCGUGGAGUCAUUUCGAAUCCCUGAUCAAUAA